GCGUGCCAAAAGUUUAUCCAAAAUGGCGGAAUAAUAAAGGAAUAAGAAGAAGAAAGUGUGAAGUAUUUUAGAAUUAUGGCGUUUCGCGGCUCAUUUAUAUCGAUGUUUCGCACUUGACAAAUAGCUAACAAUUCCUUAAGGACUUAACCAUUGUAUAAAAAUGGACUUGAAGCCAAUUGUCACUUGCCAUGGAGACAAGCAUGUUUAUACUGAGCUGAACCCUGAGCUCGAAAAAAGGCUGCCAGAAACUGCCACUGAAUGGAGAAGAUCAUUUGGUCGACCACCAAAGACUGUCCGUCUGAAGGCUCGGUUUGUACGUCUUCAUGACAGUCUGCUUGUUGGUAACAUAGAGAAUGCCUCGAGUCUUCACCGACAGCCAUUUUUUCACAUGUUCUGGACAGACUGCCAGGAUACUGAUGAGUAUAAAAACAAUUUAAAAAACAGCGUCGCAGAGUGGCAGCAGAAGCUCCAGGACAGGGGGAUCGUUGAUUGGCUGAUCGUCCAAGUGGUUGUGCAGGACGCCGUCAAGGGCAAUAAACCUAAGCUGCAAUUCCCACGGGGUUCUGUAUUUGACAAAAUCAAGAGUGACUUUGGAGGAAAGAGCAGUGACAGGAUAAUUCAACUCUGGGAGCCCUUUAAAGAGGGUGUUUCUACGCGUUCAGUAGAGUCUUGGCAAUCCCUGGUUACCAAGCUACGCCAGCUGCUUCUUAUCUCAUUCAACCGCCACCUCGGCAAGUUUGAGGACAGGGUGCGUGCACUAAGAGAGCGGAGGACAGAACCUAUGUGGAGUUUCACAACCUACUUCCUACUGCAUGAGGAGCUUGCUUUUGUGUUUGAGAUGAUGGGGCUGUAUGAGGAGGCUCUGAUCCAGUACGACGAGAUUGAUGCACUCCUCACUCAGAUGAUAAUCAACUCUAAGUUUGGAGAGCCCUUAACAUGCAUCGAUAUCUUCCUGCGUGAGUCCAAGUGUUGUGAUGGCGUCCCCAUGGCCCAAAGGCAGCAGGAAUACCUCCGAGUCCUCAUCAAGACACAAGAUGCAACAUUUAUUGAUCUGCGUAACUACCUAUUUGCUCGGCAGUGCAAGCUGUUGCUGCUGCUCCGCAGGCCUUGGGAGAUAGCGUUGAGAAUGCUAGACUUCUUACACAACCUGGUCCAUGAGAUCAAAACCUUGAAGGUUGUGAUGCCCUCAGGAGGGGAGGCCUGUUGUAUCAUACUAAGCAUCCUGGAAGUGCUGAGGGCAUGUAGAGCACAUAACGAUGACGAGGAUUCCAUGUCUUACAGCCUGCACGUUGCCCUUCUGUACCAGUAUGCCAAGAAAAAGCUAGAGGAUGUGGGCCGCCUGUGUGGUCUGAUGCCGGGCUUGACUCCGUCGGAGACCGAGCUCCAGACUGUGUGCAAGUUACUCUCGGGGAUCGGUCAAACACAGGAUGAUGCUUCUGUCGACCCCUGGGGCCCGGCCAAGAGGCUACAAGAGGCGUUAUCAUCCAAGCAUGCCUAUGAGUCGCUAUAUUUGGAGUUGGCCGAGCUUGCCAUCCAAAUCUACAAGAAUAUUGGGCGUGCCCGGUCCGCUAAGUCCCUUGGGAUGGAUCUUGCACAGUUCUAUGCGGCUCGGAAUGAGUUUGACCGCGCUGAGCCCCUUCUCGUGGACGUAUAUAAGAUGUAUCGCCAUGAGAGAUGGACGCUCCUUGCCACACAGGCCCUUAUAAAGCUCGCUGCUUGUCAGAAAAAACUCGGCUUCAUCGAGAAGCAUGCGUACUCGUGCUCAGUGCUGGCGUGCGAAGAGUCGCUGCCACCAGAUAAGAGAGCUCAUUACGCACAGGAACUUCUACAGGUCAUCCGCGACACACUCGACCUAGAGCAACCGAUAAUCAUCCGUGCGGAGCCUCUUCUUCGUGUUGAGGAUGUUCAGAUCAAGCUCCUGAAGGGUAUUGGUAGCGUGGGAGAGCAGAUCACGGUUGAUUUGACUCUGUACAGUGGUCUGCACGAGGAAGUGACGUGUCGCCGAAUCAGCUUCAGUCUCCACACGCCUGACCUAAGGCGUGGUAGUAGUGCAUAUUCCAGUAGACGCUCCCUGCGAACCAACUCCCCCGUCACCAUCCAGGAGAACGCAGUUCUUUCCCCUACUGCACUAUCAGAGGAAGAUUUAUCAGACAGGCUAAGCGAAGAUGGUUCAUUAGAUGUUGUAAGUGUGGAAGAGGCCCCAGUCAACCCCCGCCUUGCCCGGGUCGACUCAGCACAGUCUGUCCUGCGCAGCACUGAGGAGCUAGUCAGAGAUGAGGAUGUUACCGACAUCUGUCUAGAGUGCUGUAGGGUGCCCAUGCAUUACGGCGUCAACCACUUUGCGCUUACUGUUCAGGUCCCCGAUGAAGGCCAAUACUUCCUGAAGCAGUUGUGCGUAGAAAUUGGCCAGCUUGACUUCAUCUGGCCCCAGCUUACCCUACCCCGGGAGGCCAGGGGAUUCGCUAUUGUCUCAGACCCGCCAAGAAUAAUAUGGUCACGUGACGAUAAAGAUGGCCUUCUUCUAGCUGGGCUACCACAGCGUAUCAAACUUGCUAUUUCAGUCGGCCCAGGCUCCAUCGCCGGUAACUCCAUCUUACACGUCACUUCCGGGUCAGGCCUUAGAUUUCAUGACGUCACUUCCGGCACUGCCCUUAUCUCUUCCAACCUUGAAAUGGAAGGCGCAAAGACUCCACUUUCCUACUCCAUCACUGCUCGACCCUUUGAAGAAGAGGAUGACUACAGUGUUGCCAUAGUUACACUUCCUGCUUGUGGCCCGUACCAAAAGAUGGAGUUUGAACUCUUGGCCGAGGCUCCGCUGGGAAGCCAAAGCUCGCAGGAUGUGGUUGUUGAUCACCAGCUAGUGGCGUGUUGCAAGUGGUUGCAGCCUUGCUCCACUUCCGAGCUGACAUGCGCGUUCAAUCGACCGCUGACUGCAUGGCACACGCUGCACUAUUGUAACGACAAGCGAUUUUUACAAGGCGUAGUCAGCAGUCGCAACCCACUUAAUCUUCACGUUGAGUCGGUCGGGUUCGUAAUCCCAGGCUGCACUUCGGUCACCGCGUUGCCAUUGCAUGAGAACAAGCCCUUUGUCCUUAAAAAUGGUCAAGAUAUUUCUUUCAUGUGGGAGAUUCGAAAUGACCGAGCUGGCGAGGAGAGGCCGCCCAGACUGGACUGCGAACUGCGCAUAGUCUUUCGCCCUGACGAAGUUAAUUGCUCUCAGACUUGCUGCCAUUACGUGUACGACUUCCAAAUUGAAAACACAGAGACGCUGUUUACGAUCCAGUCGCGAGUGGAACCGUCAGGUCCAGCAAAGUGUCCACAAGUGGGCAACAUGUGCAAGUACCGCGUAACCUUCACAAACGUCACACAAGGUAACGCUACCCAUAGUAACGCAAUAAACUCUUCGCGUGACUUACUAUACGAAGUAGACGUGGACACAAAUUUAUGGAUGGUGUCUGGGAAGAACAGUGGUGUCGUCACCUUGGAAACGGUCUAUAUGGCAACUUGUGACGUCACACUGGACGUAAUGCCCCUGGCCGGCGGAAGGUUACCGCUACCGGAAGUAAAACUGAAAUGUUAUGACAAGACAGAGGGUAUCAAGGCGGGAGACCUUGAACAUCCGGGAUCUGAAAAGAGUGAGGAUAAAAUUGAACAGAGAAAGAAACCUGAGAAAAUUGUACCAAAGGAGCCACCGGUUGUACGGCCUCUUGCUUGCGGCCAAGUGUAUAAUCACUCGCAAGCCACUCAAGUGCUUGUUUUGCCUGGCAACACAGAGUCCGUGAGUGGGUGAUUGACAGAUGUCACACAAGUGCGACAAAAAUUGGUGAUUGAUCAAGUUGUCACACAAAAGCAAUUAAAGUGCUUGCUUUGUCUGGCAACACAUAAUUCGUGAGUGGGUGAUUGACAGCUGCUACGCUCAUGAUAAAAAGUGAGUGGAUGUGACGCUUCUCUGUUGUCAAUAAGAUAAGCGUCGUUAGAAACAUAAAACUUUGGUUAAAGGGUCAGCAAGUGUGUUGCGAUAUUUCGACGGAAAUUGGUAAAUGACGUAUGAAAUUAUUUCUUCAAUUAACUUGUCCAGUUGAAAGCAGUAAUAAAGGUGUUGCUGAUAGACUCUUGAAUUGCUCAAAUACUGGAUUUCGCGAUACUCUGUCGAGAGUUUUUGGAAUACUCAAAACACAAGUAAAUCACGGAAGCAUCAUGUAGCAAUAAACACACCACCUAGAACUGUA